AUGAAAUAAUCUGAUUAAUAAAAGACUCAUGUUUCGAGAUCUAUGAGUUAACAUCUAUUGACAGAAUAAGAAAUUAAGAAGAUAUUUCCAUAUACUUAAAGUAUUCAUAAUAGAUAUUUGGAAUAAAAUAGAAUGGAAACAAUUAGAGAUUAAUUAAAUAAUUAGUAAUAAUAAUCUAUCUCUUCUCAUAUUAAAGAUCUCAUAGUUAAGUAAUGAUAAAUAUUGAAUUCUAUAUAGAGAUCAAAUAAAGCCUAGGUUAUUAUAACCAAUAACAAUGUUAGAUGAAAGUUGUAAUAGAGGAGUUAGAAGAAUGAAGAAAUUAUUAUAUCAUGAUUCACAAAAUAUUAACCUCCACAAUAUUAAUUAAAGAAGAGAAAUGGUAUAAUUGGCAUAAUGGUUGGAUAUGAUGGUAGAAUAGGUUCAUUCAUAAAAAUUAACAGAUUAUUAAGAAUAUUAUAAUAAAUUGGAAAUUGUUUUUCAAGGAUCAGUUUUGGAAUUAGAAAGAUAAAUUUCAAUAGUUGGAUUUGAGUUUGGACAAUUUUUAAAGAAAUUGUGGGAAUCUUUUACUUAAGAAGUACAAAAAAUCAUUUUAGGAUUACAAUAAAGAAAUUAAUAAAUAGAAUAGAAAUGCUUAGAAGACUUAAAUUAAUUACAUAAGAAUUAUUAAGAUGCUAUUGAAAAAUAAACAGAAUCAAUGAAGAUGAUGAAAGAAGAAGCAUUAUCUAUUUAGAAUACAAUUAUAAAAAUGAAAAAAGAAAAUGUAUAUUUAAGAAAGAAAGAUAAAAGAAGAGAAGAUUAAUUACAUGAUAUAAUGAGUGAAUUUUGGGAAUAGAAUUUAUAAUUAAUUGAAUAUUAAGGAAUUGAAAAAUUUCAUAAUUAAGCUCAAACUGCUUAAGAAAUGGAUAUUGUUUUAUAAUAGAAAGAUAUGUUUGAAUUUUUUAAAUAAAAGUUUGAAGUAAACAAAAAAGAUAUUGAAAAUUAAUAUAAGUAUGAUUUUAAUAUAAUUUAGAAUUCUUACUUUAUAAGAUGAAUAUUAUGAUGGAUCAACUCAUUUAAUAAUUACUGAAUCAUCUGUUGAUACUAGUGAUCUUAUUAAAACAAGAGAAUAAAGUGAAGAUACAUCAGAAUAUUUUAUUUAUGUAAGUUCAUCAACUCAAACUCCAAAAUAAGCAAAAAAAGUAGAUGAAGAAAUUUAAGCAUAACCUUUUUAAAUUAAUUAAGAAUCUUAAAUAAAUUCAACAUAAUUAAGAAAAGAGAGAGUACCUAGAAAUUAAACAGAAUCAAAAUUAUUUAGGAGAGCAAGAUUUCCUUUAUCUGAGAUUAUUUCAGAUUAUAGUACUCUUUAUUUUCCUGAAUAAGAAUUAAUUAGUAAUGAUCCUUAAUUUAUUAUAAUUAUGGCUGAUUAAAUUACUUAAUUAAAAGAUAGAAUUGAAGAUUUAUUAACUGUUUUAAAUUUGAGAGGAGAUAAUUCUAGUGAAGAUAUUUAUGCAAUCAAAUAAUAUUUACACUUAAAUUAUGGCAAUUUUAAUUAUUAUUUUAAUGUAGAUUCUAUAUAAAAUAUUUUAGUAAUGUUGGAAUGUAUUAUAAACAUAAAUAUCAGUUGUAAUGGAUGCUAAAAUAGAUAAAGAAGAAAUGGAACUUGAAAUGAAGGAAAUUGAGAAUAAAUUUAAUGAAAAUAUAGUAUUAUUUAAGAAAUAUCAUAAUAGAACUAAAGAAAAACAAACUAUUGUAUAAUUAUUAUAUAUUAUUAGUCUAAAUUUUAUGAAGAUUCUUUAAUAAAAUGUAUUAGAUAUGCUCCAUAAUUUUUAAUUAAUUAAAUAAAAGAAUAAGCUAAUAUAUAUGAUGUGUUGGAGAAUGUUGAAUUUAAAGAAUUUAAACGAAGAUAAGGUACUAAUAUUGAUUCUAAAUAAUAAUAAUAAUUAUCAAUCAAAGAUUUAGAUUCACCAACUAGAUCUCCUAAUAAAACUUUAACAACUAUCAAUAUUUCUAAACCUAUAAUGAAAAUUUAAAAAAUAGCUAGCUAAAUUGAAAUUUCUAGCAAAGAUGAUGAUGAUAUUUAUAAAAGUGAUUCAUCAAAAGGAGGAUCAGGAGAUGAUAGUGAUGUUUCAUUUAGUUAAAUUAAAUUAGAUUUCAAAUAAAGCAAACCAAAAUUAACAAUAGAAAAGAAAUUAAGAAUAUCUACUUGUCCAGUAAAAUCAGCCUCUUAUGCUACUAAUUUAUUAAAAUAAAGUAUUAUCAAUCAUAUAUUAUUUUAGUGAUAUCUAAAUUCAAUAUUAAUUAGAGAACUGGAUUAUAUCAAUAAAGUACUAUCCUCUAAAAUUAUCAAGAAUUAAUUAUGAAAAUUCCAAAUACUAUUUAAAAUACUCCUCUUCAUGUACAUAUGUAUGAAAAUAUUGUUGCACAUUAUGGUUAAUCAUAAUUUAGUGAUGCUAAUAGAUAUAAGAGAACAAUAAAGAGUUUUUUAUUUUUUGAAACAAAAAGCAGUACUUGUCAAUUAGUGGUAAAGUUUUUAAAAGCUGAAUAUGAUAUCUAGGAUCUUAAUUUAUAUCUACAAAUAGUUUAAUCAUUAUAAGAAUAUCCAAGUGUUUCAUACUCCAAAUUUAUUGAUACGUUACUCAAAUGGUUUUCUGAUAAUAAGUACUCUUAAAGUGAAAUUGAUAAUAUUAUAUAUGAUAUCUCCACAUCAGAAGUAGCUUAUAUGUAGAGUUAGUAAGGACCAUGUGAUUAUGAUAUCUUAAUGUACUAGUUUUUAGAGAUUUUUUAAAAAUACAAAAAUCGUACAUCUAUUAAAUAUAAGCAUCUCUAUACAUCUAUUGAUCUAAUAAAUAAAGGAAGUAUUGAUUUUUAGUAAUGGAAUUUCUUAUAUGAAGUUUUAUGUUGCAUCAACUAUUCAUUUUCAAUUAGACUUUUCUACUAAGAAGCUGAUUAUUGUGGGGAUAAUGGAAGGAUGAUGUCAAAAUAAAGAUUUACAUUAGUUUGUGAUGAAUUAAAAAUUUUUUAAGAAGAUGAUCAAAUUAAAUUAUUAGAUAGAGAAACCUAUUUUACAAUAAGAGAAAAAAUCAAUAAUUAAUGGAUGAAAGAAAAGAUAAUAAUGAAAAUGUCAUUCAUUAAAGCAAACAAAGUAAUAAUAUAAUUUAAAAUAUAUAUAGUAUAAUAAAUUUAUAAAAAGCAUUUUUGGUGCAAUUGAUUCAUUUGUUCAAAAUCCAAAGAAUUGUUAAUUUGAAGCAGAGACAAUUUGUUACAUGUACAAACUAUUAUAAAAAACCUGGAAGCCUUAUUUUCUAGAAUCAUAAUUAAAUAUAGGCAUACCUGUAGAAUUUUCGCUUAUCAAUACUACUUAUAGAAAGUUGGAACUCAAGAUUCUUAAUAAAGAUUGA